AGUUUUCAGAGGGCCUCAAUACGUAAUAAAUCCUCUGAAUUGCUGCAUCUCUCAGGGGCACAAUGAAGCCAGACAAGCUUUUGUUUUUGGUAAACCCCCUAUCGGCUACAGCUACGAGUUUGCAAACUGCCGACACGGCACCGUCUCUGCAGGAACUGCUUGUCAUUUUUUGGAGUCCGUUUGCACAUCUCCAACCUGUCUCCCUUCUCCCGGACUUUCUCCCGACCUUUGCACGACUUAGCUCCGUGCCACGUGAGCAGGCGACACCGACGGACCCGGGACGGCCAUGACGUCGAUCAAAGACGCGUUGUGAAUGCUACACUGCUGCCUGUGCCUGUUAUCGUGUAGUUAGUGCUACUUUGUCUUUGCUUUGUUCUCUCCUUUGGGGAACUACACUGCCUACACACUCUACCAAUUGAGGAGUAGUUGAGCAUCCCAAGUUUCAAAUUUUCAUCCUCUGUUUUGCCACUACACUCUCUUUGGGGAUAUCGACGGGUUCAUGAAAUUGAGACCCUGUCAAGUUAAAUCGAGACUCAUACGUCAGGCAUUGGGUCGGUUGAGACAGCCAGUCGAAUACUGUCAGAUACUCACAACUCACCCUGGUCGAGUCGACACUCGUCGCACACUCACCACAUCCCUCAACUGUCUCCAAUUGACAACACCUACCGUGAAGAUGGCAACCCGGAGAUCUGCCCGGUUAAGUGCUCUGGCCGCAGCCCAGCCCAACGGCGCGGCUGCUCCCAUAGUCCCUCCACCUGCUCCGAAGUCCCGGAAGAGGAAGGUCAGCGCCGAAGACGAGGCCGCUGCAGCUCUCCUCUCCUCUCCCGCUGCUCAGAAGCCCAAACCCGCCGCCGUCUCCCGCCUAGCCGAUCCAACCAAGACCAACGCCCCUUUACUCUCCCCUCAAACCUCUAGAGUGGUCUCUUCCAAAAACAUCCUCGAAAAAGCCUGCGCCCACCUCAUCGCCGUCGACCAUCGCAUGAAGCAUCUCAUCGACAAGCACCCCUGCCGCAUCUUUAGUCCCGAGGGGCUAGCAGAGCAGAUCGAUCCGUUUGAAAGUCUGGUGAGCAGCAUCAUUUCUCAACAAGUGAGCGGGGCGGCAGCGAAGUCGAUAAAAGCCAAAUUCGUCGCUCUAUUCGACGAUCCCGCUUUUUCUCAAGAGGAGGCCAAAGAGGACGACGGUCAGAACGGGCAAGAUGAUGCCGCCCACCCAGCAGCCGAAGGCGAACCAACACCAACACCAACAAAACGCCGCUUCCCAACCCCUUCUCAGGUUCUAGCCAAGGACCUCCCCACCCUCCGCACCGCCGGCCUCUCCCAGCGCAAAGCCGAGUACAUGCACGGCCUCGCCGCCAAAUUCGUUUCGGGCGAAUUAUCCGCCUCCCUCCUCGCCUCGGCGCCCUACGAGGAACUAGUCGCCAAACUCGUUGCCGUUCGCGGCUUGGGGCUCUGGACCGUCGAGAUGUUUGCUUGCUUUGCGCUUAAGAGGAUGGAUGUCUUUUCGCUGGGCGAUUUGGGCGUGCAGAGGGGGAUGGCGGCGUUUGUGGGAAGGGAUGUUAAGAAACUCAAGAAUGGGAAGAAUGGGGAGGGAACGGAAAGGAUAAGAAGUGGAAGUAUAUGA